AGCUAUAAACAUCAAAAAAUCAUCUUCUCGUAGGUCAUUUGAAUAAAACAAACACAGUUCACAAGAGCUUUAGAAAGCCUUCUCCUUUUUGAAAGGCUAGCUAGUUGCACAUAUAUAUAAAGCAGUCAAAUGGCAAUGGAUUUGUCGUCAAUGUGGUUACCAGAACUGGAAAUGGAAGAUCCAGGGCUCAUGAAUCAAUAUAAUCAGAUCAGCAAACUAUAUGACACCAUUGAUAACUUCAGUACUGAUUCCUUUUCCUCAGAAAGUAACACAGAAAACGCAUGUUUUACUGAUCGAGCUUUUCAGACUCCGCCUAGCUUUGGCGAACAGGCUGAAAUGAAAUUGCCUAGUUAUCAAACGGCUAGUAAUUUUAACAGGCCUCCAACUUCAAAGCCUCUUAAUGCUCCUACUGUUUCCACCUCCAACACUUUCACUAUAUCUUUUGGAGAUCUAAAACCAAAAGAAGAGAUCACCCCACUUAAUGAUUCGGCUGGUUAUGAAUCUGCUGGUACCGGAAAGAUUCCGACAGUGGCCAGGAAUACGUUUCAGGCUCAAGAUCAUGUGUUGGCAGAGAGGAAGAGAAGAGAAAAGUUGAAUCGACACUUCAUUUCUUUGUCUGCCCUCCUUCCUAACCUUAAAAAGAUGGAUAAGGCAUCUGUGUUGGAAGAUGCAAGUAAUUACAUAACGGAACUUCAAGGUCGCGUGAAGGAACUCGAGGGAUUAUCAAGCAUUAAGGGGAAGGAUAUCGACGUUAAAGAAUCUGUCAUUGCUUUGAAGAGAUCUAGGCCUAGUGGCAACGAUGAAGACGACUCAUCUUCUAACGAAACAAAUUCUGCAGAUGUCCCUUGCAAAUCAUCUGCUGAGAUCGAAGUGCGGAUGUCAGGAAGUAGUGUGCUGGUAAGAAUCCAGUCCCCGAAGACCUCUUCUUUGCUAGUGAAAGUGCUCAGAAAAAUGCAGAAGCUUGGGCUAUCCAUCAUCAGUAGCAACUCCAUGCCUUUUGCUGAUACUACUCUUCUUAUCACCAUUGCAGCUCAGACAGAGGGAGACUUCUUUAUGACAGCUGCGGAUCUUGUGAAGAACCUUCAACUAGUUAUAUAAACUAGGUUGAUCAUGACAUGCAAUUACAAGCUCAAGAUUCCCACUUGAUAUUGCCCUUUGGUUUUAGUUUUCCAUAUUGUAGGGAGGAAUGUUGAGAACAUUUAUAUUCUCAUCCCAAUCAUUGGGGUUUUCAAGUACUCCUGAAGAAGACUAGCUAGCAUCCCGUAUAACAGUCGAUCUGUAUGACACUUUUCACUGAUUGUUUGGUGAUAGAUGGAAGGCUACAAUCUUUUCCAGUGGGUUCUUGUUAGUUCUGUACAUGAUUGUAUAAGAAACUACCAAUUUCUGAAAUCAAUUCCAUCUUUUUAGUUCUA